AUGGAGGCGGCCGCCUCCAGCCUCUCGACGCUGCUCUCCACCUUGCUUGUAGACGGGCCCUGGACGCCGCCGGGAACCUGGGAGUCGGUCGUCCCUGCGAGCGGCGCCGCUCGCGUCUCAGACUUCGGAGCCCGUCCCCUGCAGCCGAUCUACGAGCUCGCAUCGGUUACUGAUGAUGCUUUGGUUCAUCUGGCCUUGCAUGCGCUGUAUGGUGUCAAAUCGUCGUUAGAUGAGAUUGAGGAGCUUUCAGCGCUGUUCUCCUCAAAUCCAGCUGACAGGACUUCUAACCGUGUCACAAAUGUGUGGUUUCGUUCCUCGAGCACCACAUCCGUGGGUAGUAUUCUCAAAUCUUUACGCUCUACGGGUCUUGCGGUCUUCUUCCUUCACAAGUUUGUGCACUUUUACCUUUUCCAAAGUCAAGAAAUGAAUUGUGCAAGUAGAGAAGUUCACGGACAGGAAGAUUCUGAUGAUAAAGACAUUGAGCAGCAUCGGCCUUACAGUCUAGUAAACCAAGCAUUUGCAGCAGCAGUUAAUAAGGUCCUCGAAGGCUAUUUCUGUUCCUUGAAUACUUUACCAGCAUCAAUUAGGCUUAGGCGUUCAGCGGGCCAGUCUGGCAUACCUUCCAAGAUUUCAGAUGGAAUGAGUUGUAAUUCCACUUCAGAAGUCACUCUUCUGGAAAUUUAUCGACACACCGAGGAGUUAAGAAGGCAUGUUAAAUCCCUUGGAAAUAUUUGUUUCCCUAAGUUUGCAGGUGUUACAUUGUGCCAGGAGGGUUUGAAUACUGAUGCAAAUGUGGAGUUUGAGAAUUUCCCACGGGGCACCGAUUUGCUUUCCUAUUUGUAUGUCCAUAUUCGUGAUGCUGAUCCAGUUCACUAUGGUCUUCUGAGGUAUCUUUUCAUUCGUUCCUGUGAGCCAUACUUUAACUUCAUUAAGUCAUGGAUUUACCGAGCUUCUGUUGAUGACCCAUAUGAGGAAUUUCUCAUUACACAAACUGAAAAUAAGGGUGCUCAAGGAGUCUCUUCUGACGUAACAGCUGAGUUUACCCUCUUCCCCUUAAAGGGAAGAAAUCAUGUAUCUGCUCCAUGUUUUCUAAAGGAGAUAUGCCAUCCUCUUUUGCGUACUGGGCAGCAGCUUCAAGUGCUCAUGAACCUUCUAAAGUCGUGCAAUCUGUCUGCUACUGGAGGGGAUGCUUAUCCCUCUCGUAAUAUCAUUCAUAUGGAGGGGGUUCUCCCGUGGUUUGAUACACCAAUUGAGUCUUCAAUGAAUUCAUUUACGUUCUCAAAAAGCAGCGUGGAGGCAGUAACAUGCAAAAGGAAUGCUAUGUACAAGUCGAUGACGGAGAAGCUCCAACAUUUUUUCUCUAAUGUUGAGGUGAUUCCUUUCGAUACUGCAUCAAACUUCCUACAUAAAAGGACGGACCUUCUGGAUACAUCAGUUUCAGAUGCUGAGCUGUUCUAUGGGGACAGCGACGCUGCACUACCUUGCAAUAUGGCUGCAGAUGAAAAAGAUCAUGAUGCUUCUUUGAAUUCCGAAGAAUCUUCAGAUAAAGAGGAUCCCUUGGAAUCUUCAGAGUGCUCUUCUUAUACCUCUAUGGAUGACACAGAAGUUGAGAGUUCUACAGCUUGUGAAAAUUUGUCUAGUUCCAUGUUCUCAUUAUACUGUACAAGCACAGAUGAAGCAAAAUGUUCCUUGGUAACCAGGAAGCUGCUUUCGUCCCAAGCCAGUUCAGUUCACCACGGAAUAAGUUGUGCAAUCCCUAUUGAUGAGUGUGAGAAAGAUGAAAGCUUGAGUUGCCAACAUGUUCCUGUGCACUCACAGAAUACUAAGCAUACUGCAUUGCCUGAUGGUUUAGAACUGGAUUAUCAGUAUAGUCAGUUUUCCCCGUUUCACAGGUUUAUGAAGAGAACCAGUUCCUCAUCUGAAAACAUUGAUUCAGUUGGGGAGUUCUUAUAUACUGAUCAUAAAAGGUCAGUAGAGAAAGUAUCACAUGGUAAUGCAGUUUAUCCAUUACAUUCUGAAUCAGGGCCUACUAAACUAUCAAACAGUAAAAACAAUGGGAAGUUUGGUAAUAUAAAUCAGCCAUGGAAUACCAGUAUUCCUUACAAUCUCAGUUUGAACCCCAUACUGAAGAAUGCAGCUUGUUACCGUAUGGAGAGUGACGUGCAACAGAAAAGCAAGAACCAAUCACUUGCCAGCUUUGAUUUUGAGUCAGUCAUGGAUCCAUGUGAAGUAUAUUGUGCAAGGAGCCCAUCCUGCCUUGAUGAGUCUAUAAAUGGAGCAGCAACAGUUGUACAUCCUAGUACUCAGCCUUAUGAACAGCCUGAUUGUUCUACCAAGCUUCUUCAAGCUCAUACAAGAAGUCAGGCAUCCCUUAGUUCCUCAGGAGAAAUGUCAACAAGAGACAAUCUCCAGAAAAAUGCUUCUGGUGGGGCAUUAUGGGAGAUAUCAUUAUUAUAUAAUGAUAAAUCAAAAGAAAAACCAGUUGUGGACUUUAGUUCAUAG